CCGCGUCAUCUAACCGCUUCCAUAUUGAGUGUGUCACUGAGUCACCUGCUUUAGUUUUUGCUUGUAAGCAGGAAUCAGGAGGAUAGAAUUAUGGUUAGAUUUGCCAAAUGGUGGGUGAUGGAUAGCAUUGUACGCAUCUGUGUGUGGAGUAAAGGUGAUCUAGACUUUUUUUUGUUUAUUUUUCUCCUCUGUUUGCACAUGUGACAUGCUGGUAGAAAUGAGGUAAAGUGGAUUUAAGUUUCCCUGAAUUAAUGUCCCCCGCCACUAGGAGCACUGCUUCUGGAUGAGCAUUUUCUUGUUUGCUUAUGGCCUUAAAAGCUUGUUGAGUCAGGUCUUUGUGCAAGCGUCAGUUUGUGGAGGUAAAUGGACAGCUACGAAAAAUAUAAAAACUCUCUUGGUAUACUGUGUGGUCUACAGCUUAUCAUGAGGUACUCUACCAAAGGCAAGAAAUACCUCGAGACUACCUUAAUAUUAAACAUCGCGCACCAGCUGUUAUUGACAAAUAAACACACACCCCCACACCUUGUCUUACCGGACGUAGCUGUUCUGUCUUGCAGAUGCACGGAAAAACCAGACAACUGUAUAUUAUCCGUGUUGUCGUUCAGAAACCACUCUGUGAAAUACAAGAUAUUACAGUUUUUAAUGUCGGGGAAGGUAGGAUAGUCUCGAACCGAGCUCAUCCAGUUUAUUCUCCAGGGAUUGCACAUUGGCCAAUAGAAUGAUGGUAGAAGCGGGUUACCCACUCACUGACAAAUUCUCACAAGGCACCCUGAUCUGAGGCCCCUGUAUUUACUUACUUUCUUCAUGCGAAUGAUGAGGAUUUGGCCUUUGUCCGGGAGCAACAUUAUUUCCUUUGGGUCAGACUCAUUAAAUAAAUAAUAUUUGUCCAGGUCUAGGUGAGUAAUCGCUCUUUUGCUAUCCAGAAGCUCUUUUUGGUCAUAAGAGACGGUAGCAUAAACAUGAUGUACAAAAUAAGCUACAAACAACAUGAAAAAACACACAAAAUUUCACAAUUGCUUAGUAGGCCAUAAAACGGGGUCCAUCCCCUCCAGUACCAUUCUUCCAACCGCAUAGUGUGGAUAUACAUAUAUUUAACACAGGCAGUCAUGUUUUUGACUGCACUGGGCCUUUAAAUAUGGAUGACGCUAACUUCAUAUGCAUUGGUGCUGAGGCUGCAGGUCUACCAAGAACCAAGCGCAGGGAACAGGAGGGGUGAUGGUGACGUCACGGGUGAGGAACGGGAAGGGAGAGAGAGGGGGAAGGAAAAGGGACGGAGGAUAAAGAAGGGAGAUGACUGCAUCUAAGGAAAAACAAACAUAUUUCUCUCAUCCAACGUAAAUAUUCUAAAUCAUAAAUAUGAUUGACUUGUUUACCAACAGAGAAUACUGAAAUAAAUGACAGAGAAACGGUGAUAAGAAUCUCCUAGUGUGUCCAGAGUAAACUGGGCCCAGGAGAGUGAUGUCAUCUCCAGGAAUGGGCACCCCCAGUGACCCCCUGUUGGCCAGCCCAGGAGGGAGGUCAUCAGAGAGGUCAUUGGGUGCCACAAAUGAUGGCCUCUGGAGGAGCUCCAUGGCCAAGACCGUCAGCUUCCCAUCGUCUACCACACGCCUCCUGAGUCACCGUGCCAACAACUUCCAGAGACACCCGAAGCGGCGGAAGCUGAUCAGACCGUCCCCGCCCCCCCCGCCCAACACCCCCUGCCCCCUAGAUCAGCUGGACCUCAGUGAGAUGCCCCCUCGCCGCACCUUCCCUGAGCUGCUCUUCAACGGCUGUGUCCUGUUUGGCAUUGAGUUCAGCUACGCCAUGGAGACGGCCUAUGUCACCCCUGUCCUGCUACAGAUGGGUCUGCCCGAAGAGUUCUACAGCCUGGUGUGGUUCAUCAGUCCUAUAUUGGGAUUCCUGGUCCAGCCUCUCCUAGGAGCUUGGAGUGAUCGUUGUACAUCCCGCUUUGGCCGUCGGAGACCGUUUAUUUUAGCCUUGGCUAUUGGAGCUCUGCUUGGUUUGACAAUGGUGCUGAAUGGGCGAGACAUUGGAGCUGCGGUGGCAGACACAGCAACCAAUCACAAGUGGGGCAUCAUACUAACUAUUUGUGGAGUGGUUCUGAUGGACUUCUGUGCGGACUCGGCAGAUAAUCCCAGCCAUGCCUACAUGAUGGACGUGUGCCUGCCAGAGGACCAGGACCGUGGCCUCAAUAUUCACGCACUGCUGGCAGGCCUGGGUGGUGGAUUCGGGUACAUCGUGGGUGGAAUUAACUGGGACCACACUGAGUUUGGGAGGUCAAUGGGAGGUCAACUUCGAGUCAUCUACAUGUUCACCAGUGUCACAUUGGUCAUUGCCACGUGCAUGACCCUCAACAGCAUCCCCGAGCGGCCCCUGCCAAAGACGCAGCCUCAGAAGAACUCUAAAAACUCUCUAAAGAGCCCCAUCCUCCCUCUGCCUCCCUCUCCCCCCGUCCCUCCGGAGGCAAGCCUGGGAUUGGAGGAGGAAGAGGCAGAGGAGAGGAUUUAUAGCUACCAGUUCUCUGAACCCUGCCCCUCAAACCCUAACCCCAUGGCACACUCCUGUAGUGCCAAUGCACGCCUCUGUGCCGGCCUCACCAGCCCCAUCUCCCCCCUCAGCCCCCUUACUCCUAAAUAUGGCAGCUUUAUCAGUCGGGAUAACUCUCUCACUGGCAUCAAUGAGUUCGCCUCAUCCCUGGGAACCUCCUAUAUAGACAGUGUGCUCAUCGACUGCUACACCGGACAGCCAUCCCCACAGCCCCUCGACCAGAACACUGCAGCCCGACCACUGCCUCCAGGGGACACCCCACCUCCCCAGGGAUCUCAGCCUGGAACUGGGUCACAGUCUGGAGCAGUAGCCCAGGCUGGAGCACUAACCGUGGCUGGGACAGUGGCCCUGGCAGGGGCAGGAUACCAGGCCGGGGAGGCUCAGAUUGAGGCAGGGUCCCAUCGAGGUUCGUCCGCUGGUAUCCUGAAGCGCCCUCAGAGCCUUGCGCUUGUGGAGGAGCCACUGGUGAUCCAGAGUGAAGGGCUGGAAAAUGGCCGCAGAAGAACCGUGACCUUCAGUCAGCAGGUGGCAAACAUUCUGCUGAAUGGGGUGCGCUAUGAGAGUGACCUGAGUGAAAAUGUGGAGACAGCAGAUUCACAGAUGUCAAUGAGGCUACUGUGUAUCUCCAUCUACAGGAUGCCUCCAUCACUGCGCAGCCUAUGCACUAACCAUUUCUUGGGUUGGCUGUCCUUUGAGGGCAUGCUGCUGUUCUACACUGACUUCAUGGGGGAGGUAGUGUUUGAUGGGGACCCCAGAGCACCACAUGACUCUGAGGCCUACCAACGCUACAAUGCUGGGGUCAGCAUGGGCUGCUGGGGCAUGUGCAUCUAUGCAUUCAGUGCUGCCUUUUACUCAGCCAUACUGGAGAAGCUGGAGGAGCGUUUUUCUCUCCGCUCUCUCUAUUUCUUUGCCUACCUGGCGUUUGGCCUUGGCACGGGCCUUGCUACACUCUCCACCAACCUCUAUGUAGUGCUGUCGCUCUGUGUCACCUACGGGGUGCUCUUCUCCUCUCUUUGCACACUGCCUUACUCUCUGCUGUGUGAAUACUACCAGAGCCCACAGUUCUGUGGCUCGUCAGAGGAAGGGACCAGGAGAGGGAUGGGGGUGGACAUCUCUCUGCUCAGCUGCCAGUACUUCCUAGCUCAGAUCAUAGUCUCCGUGGCGAUGGGACCUCUGACCUCGCUGGUGGGCGGGGCCCAGGGAGUGAUGUACUUUUCUAGCGCGAUGUCAUUCGUGGGCUGUCUGUACUCCUCCCUCUGCGUGGUGUACCACCUGCCACCCCCUGAGGGUGAGCCUUCCGAAAGUGAGGCCCAGCCACUACUGGUGCACAUUUAGACCCCCCCCCCCUAUCUCACACUGCACUACACACUAUCACACUGCAGUCUUGUCACAACGCACACCACGUAUAGCCUACACACCCUGUGUCUCCCUGCAAAGCACAUACAAUACUGUACUCUCUCGCACUACUUACCAUAGCUGCUCUUAGAGCUUAGACUGACAGAGGCCACCGUUCUGCGGUGUCAGUGUGUUAUAGUGUGUCCAUGUAUUUCUCUCCCAUAAUUUCCACUAAAAAGCAGCACUUAUGUUAAUUUUGUGCGUGCCUAAAUAAUUACGGCCCUACAGCUCCUAUUCCCCAGGACAUCAGGGAAAAAAAUGUAACAAUCUUUGAAGGGGUUAAUUGUUUUGGCCUCGCCUAAUAUAUGCAUGCGCUGUAGCCUCAAUGCCCUGCAUCUUCUGUUUUGGUCUGAUGUCCGAGGGAAUGUCUACCUGCCUGUUUCUCUGUCAGCACACUAUCAUCCCACUGUAGGCAGGCUUAGGGACUGUCUGAAUGUGUCACCAAUGACCUUUUGCUUGAAGCCCUGAAUUAAUGUAAACACAGUAGCAUAUUUACAUUACAUUACAUUUAAGUCAUUUAGCAGACAGUACAUUUACACACACAUGCAAGCCAUAGGACCACCCUCACUCAAUGUAGUUUGUAUUAUGUGAACAAUAAAGAGCCAAACUGUGCCUCUGAGGUUUUACAUCUUUCGCACAAGGCACUCAGAUUAUUAUGGUCAUUAUUUAUUACCAUUUUGACUUGACACUCACUAAUGCGUUUACAAACAUACACAGAGAUGGACCCUUUACUAAGCCACGGACAUCACUCUGUCCUGUCACCUUGCUCCUGGCGUGACUGUUGUAAUGACAGUGAUUCUUGUCAUUACCAGGAAGAGAAGUUGAAACUGGGGUGUGAUUCGGCAUUCCAUCGGAAACCGAACAAAAAAGAAGAACAACAAAUCUGUUGUUUUGGUGGCGAGAAAGAAUUCAGGAAGAUGCAUGUGAAUUAUGCUUAAGAUGGCGCUGUACAACUUUGAGAGGGAAGACUUUUGGGUUCAUAUUUGCCAACAGCAAGUGCUUAUUUUCACCGCAAAGGAGCAUGCUUUAGUUAAGGUUUAGGCUUGUUUCACCACACGACCCAAAAUGGCUCACUGGAGUGACCCUCUCAAAUUUGGGUUAGUUAUCCAGUCUCAUCACACGCUGCUGCAUUUAUUCACUUAAUUCAUUUGAUUAUAAACAGCUCAAAUAACAUUUCAUCUUCCAUGUAAUCAGCCAAUUAUAAAACAUUGGUGAAAUCAUAAUUACUUUUCAAUUGAGAAAAUCUAUGACAGUCUAAAAAAAGUUGCUCGGCAUUGCUUACCUUGAACAUCACUUAGUUGACACCGAGACUGUUUCCAGGCAUUUUAAAAAAAUGAAUUAACAAUAACUCAUGCCUGCGUUCAGCUUCAUUUGUAAGUUUCACUAAAAUGCCCACCACCGUGAAACACCCCACUGUCAUGAGUCAUCUAGAGCUGAUGCCUCAGCGGAAUGUUGAUCAGGGUCUACCACUAAAGCCUCCAUAACAGACUGGACACGUGCCAUGAUGUCAUGUUUCUGACUGGUUUCUUUUGAGAAAACAGCAACUGUAUGGAUCAUCAUGCUGUUGCAACCUGCUUCAAUUCAACACAUUUCUAGUAUUUUACAAUAAAGUGUUUUCUGGUGUUCUUCAUCCUUAAUUCCAAUAUUAACUGUAUUACUGUAACAGCUACUUUAGGGUUGAGUUCAAUUAAAAAUGAUAAUUUUUACUUCUUG